UUCUAGGAUGUCAGAUAAUUGUAGGCACCAGUACUAAGGUUGUUUUUGCGGAGGCUGGAAUGACGGUGUUACGCGUAUAGUAUACGGACGAGUGCGGAAGGCCUUGGUAUGCAGACUGUACAAGUGAAUCUUGUUUAAGAAGACCUCGAAGCCGCUUGAAUUGAAAACAUGCCCAAGUCGUCUCUUCUUUCCCAAACUUCAACCCAUCUCGUUCUAAGCUUUUGUCAUUGUCAUCUUGAUCUCUUCUCCGACCCUUCAUUCUACACAUCAUGAAGCAAAGCGUUCUCUUCCUCGCAGCAACUGCCUCCGUCGUGUCCGGCCGACCGCAGUACGGUACACCAAACCCACACGAAUGGAUCCCAGGCGGAACCAACGACUGUAAGUGUCACCAGGCUGCUACUCCUUCCCGACUCUAACAAUCACCCAGUCCGUGGCCCGUGCCCCAUGCUCAAUACGCUCACGAACCACGGCUUCCUCCCGCGUGACGGGCGCAACUUUACCAGGGACAACGUGAUCAAAGGUCUCGGCGAUGGGCUAAACUUCGACUCCCAGCUCGCUGGACUGAUGUGGGAUCAGGCCAUCUUCGCCAACCCUGAGCCGAACGCGACGUUCUUCACUCUCGAGCAUCUCAACGUGCACAACGUGCUUGAACAUGAUGCAAGUCUGUCGCGUACCGACGCUGCGUUUGGAAACAACCAUGUGUUCAAUCAGACGGUCUUUGAUACGAGCAAGAUGUGGUGGACGGCGGAGACGGUGUCGGCAAAGCAGUUGGCGAAUAGCAAGAUCUACCGACAACUAGUAAGUAGGUCUGAGAACGACAACUAUACCUUCAGUGCUACGACGGAGGAGUUCAGUCUCGGAGAGGUUGCAGCGCCGAUUAUUGCAUUUGGAGAUGUUACCGUAGGCACUGUGCCGCGGGAGUUGAUCGUGUACUUCUUCGGUAAGUUUUUUCUAGACCUGUCCUGGUCGUGGGCUUCAGCUUGCUAAUGCGUGAACAGAAAAUGAGCGGCUGCCAGAAGAGCUGGGCUGGUCAAAGAAAAACAACUCGAUCACCCUGGAGACCAUCUUGGGGGCGACUGCGAUUGUUCGUAAUGCCACAAAUUUGUUGACUGGCGGUGAGGCUGCCGCGGCCCCGCACAAACGGAGGGACCUUCACAGUGGGAUUUUCUGAGCAUUUAGGUCUGAAGGUGCAUGGAGUUCCUAGGUUAUGGCAAUUGAUGUUUAUAUCGGAGUACUUAGAAGCGAAUUUUAAGCAUUGUUUUAAUAUUUCAUUGCUUGAGCUACAUG